GAAACAUCGUAUUUUUGCUUGUGGCUAAGGAAGAGUUGCUUUUAUAUAUUGUAUUUUAGAAAUGCGAGUAGUAAUGUAACCGAAAUACGAGUAGUAAAUGUAAACAGAGAGCAAUGGAUUCAAGAAACUCAUCCAGAUUGAGCUCUCUGAAUAUAGGCGAACGAAUCUGCGCUGUUUUCAUACCGCUUAUCGCCAUAUUUGAAUAUCUGGUAUUCACUGUCGCUGGUUGCUUCGAGAUCAAACACCGCCCCAAGAAAAGAAGCCCAUUCGGAUAUCGAGAGAUCGCUCAACUUUCUGCUGAUUCUCGAUUUUCUGUCAAUGAAAUCGAGGCAUUGUAUGAGUUGUUUAAGAAGUUAAGCUGUUCAAUCAUUGACGAUGGUUUGAUUCACAAGGAAGAGCUUCAGUUGGCAUUGUUGAGAACUCCACAUGGCGAGAAUCUUUUUCUAGACCGGGUAAAUCUUUUUGUACACCGGGUUUUUGAUGUAUUUGAUGAAAGGAAAAAUGGUGUCAUCGAAUUUGAUGAAUUUGUCCAUGCACUCAACGUCUUCCAUCCCUAUGCUCCCACAGAAGACAAAAUAGACUUUGCAUUUAGGCUUUACGAUUUGAGGCAAACUGGGUUUAUUGAGCGAGAAGAAGUGAAGCAAAUGGUGAUUGCAAUUAUGAUGGAAUCUGACGUGAAUCUGACUGAUGAACUUGUGGAGGCUAUUAUCAACAAGACGUUUGCUGAUGCUGAUGCUGACAAGGAUGGUAAAAUCAAUAAAGAAGAAUGGAAAGCUUUUGUUCUUCGAAACCCCACCCUCUUAAAGAACAUGACUCUACCUUAUUUGAAGGACAUCAGCACCGUAUUUCCAAGUUUUAUUUUCAACACUGAGGUUGAAGACUGAGAUGCUGAAGUGCUUCUUUCCAUAUACGGAACCGUUGCUGAAUCUUCAAAUCCGUACUCCAGAGUUCAAGCUCUCAUUAUUGACGGAUUUAGCUUUCCAAAUGGCUUUCCUUGAUGUCAGUAAUUCUUGCAGUAUUGCCGAAGAUGGUGAAGGUGCUGCCUAUCCAAGCAAGUCUCGAGCAGCUGCAUCGCCUGAUUGUACAUUUCUUGUUCAUUUCUGCAUAAAUCCAGUUAGAAGCUAUUGUAUUGUAGGUCAUUUAAGAAUUUGCAAAAUUAUUCUUUCUGUCGUCAAUAUGUAACCGAAGGUUGAAAUUCCAUUGAAUCAAGUUAUUGUCUAUGCAACCCAAAUACACUCUACUUGUCUGAAUUUACUUGAA